AUGGACUCAGUGACAAUGGUCAUGUGGAAAAUUUGUGUUCUCGCAUUGAUACUUCCCUACACAAUUGGCUUCGUUCCUAAGGCUAAACCCUGUGAGAAAACAGUGGCUGAUAUUGUGUUUCUGCUUGAUGGUUCCGGAAGCGUGAAUGGAGAAAAGAGAACACUUCCCAUCACCAACGUUUGGGGAUUCUCGGCCACAUAUUCUGCUGGUUGGAUUACAGUCACAACGAAAUGGGGACUCAAAGCUGAAUUUGACGGUAGACACAGAGUGACUGUAAAGGUACCAGGGUCAUUUGCCAAUAAAUUGAGUGGGAUCUGUGGUGACUGUAACGGAAAGAAGGAUGACUACCGUACAAAAGAAGGGAGAGAUGUAUCGAAGGAAUCCAAUAAAUUCUCAUUAAUUGGAACUAGCUACAAAGUGGAUGAUGACAGCGACAAGCCGAACACCAAUGGAGACAAGUGUGUCCCGAUUUCGAAAUGUGGUUGCAACAAUAAUGGAAUCUACAUGGCUCUUAAUGAAGUUAUAAUUAACAAGAAAUGCACAAAGAAGACCAUGUGCUCAAGAAAUAACAAGCUGGAAACCAGUAAUCUGAAAGAAUGUACAGGCAAUCGAGAAUGUAUUAUUAAAAAUGGUGUUCGUGGUUGUAUAUGCAAACACGGAUUUCAACUCACAAAUGGAAAAUGCCUCAAAACAGCCUGUGAGAAAACAGUGGCUGAUAUUGUGUUUCUGCUUGAUGGUUCCGGAAGCAAUGAACACCGCGGAAACACACGGGUAUCAUACACUCGAAUGGUUGAUGUCAAACUUAAAGGCGUCACUAUUAGACUGUUGCCAAGGAAUAAAAUUCUCCUUAAUGAAGUUAUAAUUAACAAGAAAUGCACAAAGAAGACCUUGUGUUUAGGAAAAGACAAAUUGGAAACCAGUAAUCUGAAAGAAUGUACAAGAAAUCGUGAAUGUAUUAUUAAAAAUGGUGUUCGUGGUUGUAUAUGCAAACACGGAUUUCAACUCAAAAAUGGAAAAUGCCUCGAAACAGUUGGCAACUUUGACGCCUUACAUAGUAUUUCGGAGAAAAUAACGAAGAAGACAUGUGAAGUCGUUGAUGAUAGUGACAAGCCACAAAAGAAUUGUAACGUUACUGAUUUUGUUACUAAUUGUCAAGAUAAAGACGUAAACUCUUGCAAAAUUUUAUUGAAUAAAAAAGGACCGUUCGCUACAUGUCUACAAAAACUCGGUAACUCUGCAAAUGAUUAUUUCGAGUCUUGCAAAAUUGAUGCUUGUGCUUACAAGAAUUCGCCAAGAAUAUUCAAAACUGUCAUAUGUCAAGCGUAUGAAGCUCUGGCUAAAAAAUGUGAAGAAUUAAAUGUCCUGAUAAACUGGAGGCCAGAAGCUAAAUGUCCAAUGAAAUGUCCAAAGAAUAUGGUCUACGCCUACAACACAAGUGCCUGUCAACCAUCUUGUUCCGAUCAGAAACCAGUUUGUACAGAAGGAUUUAUGGAGGGUUGUGUUUGCAAACAUGGUUAUAUUCUCAGCGGUCAAAAAUGUGUACCAAUUGCUUCAUGUGGUUGCACCUUCGAUGGAAUGUAUUUAAAUGUCAAGUCGAAAUUUUUGCUAAAUGAUUGUUCGGAAAAAAUCAUUUGUCUACCUGGAGGUCAAAUCAAGAAACAACCUGGUUGUGGUUCAAACAGCGUCUGUGUAGUCCGAGGUGGUGAACGUGUGUGUGCCUGUAAAGAUGGCUUCCAAAUGAUUAAUGGAAUCUGUCGAAUGAUGCACAUGUUCAUUCGCGUCUCCGUGGCAUUUAUUGAAGGAAAACCAAUCAAGAAAAAAAGGGCCAAAGUUCCUAAAGAAUGUGCCAAGCUUUGUCUUCACAUUAAAACAUGCACAUCAUUUAACUUUGAUGAGUUGAGAGAAAUGUGCGAGUUGUUCUCUAUUAAUGCAGAGAAUUAUACUUUAGUUUCUGGCGAUUGUCCUUACAAAGAUUACUAUCAGCUUAUUGAGACUCUUGAUCGUAUCCCCGAACUUCCAAAAAUUCUACCUUGA